CAGAGGACGCACUCCUUUAUUGUUUAUGUUUUCUGCCUUUAACCUGUUUGAAGUAAAUCAUCAUUCCUCCUUCUCUUCGUGUGCUCCCUCGGGUUGUGCUUAAAUAUGCAGCCCGUGGCAUAUGGAUGAGGGUAAGAGGAGUUUUGAAGAAAGGCUGGUUGGGGGCUUUUCCCCUUUAUCUCAGCAUGUCUUCCGCUGUUGCUGGUUGUGUUGGGAAGGCAGACCUUUGUACCAGCCUGCAGUUCACAGGACAAACAGGAGAUAAGUGGACUCCUCCGUCUCCCUUUGCUCCAAAUGUCAGCCAUCUUAAAAAACUUAGAAGGUCACUGGCUUGACCCAAGCUUUUUUUUUUCUUUUUUUAUCCGAGAACAAUAGCUACCACCCCCAACACACUUUUUUUUCCCCUGUCCUUCCCGAGAGCCAGAGAAGCUUUGAAUGUCACGGUCUACCCCUUCCCCCCAAAUAACAGCAUCAACACUCAGCAUUCCCCCCCUCCAAACCCUGCAGCCAUCCAGCAUAGCCACCUACUUUCCCUUACAUAUGCUAAUGCUGCAGACUCAUUCAGCUGUUGGUGGCUUUUUCUCAGGGGGAGGGUCAUGAGCAUUUAGGGGGCAGCUGUAUGCAUUUUACUGAACUGACUCUGACGGUCACUACAACUUUAUUUUUUGUUUGAAAAUCUCCACUUUCUUGACAAACUUUGUGAAGGAUCUCACGUUGGAGUAACCACUGCUGUGGACUUCACAGGCUUUUCAAAGCAAGUUUCUUCUCAGGAGGCUUGUGCUCCACAAGUGUCUGAUGGAUUUGAUGUGAUGGAAUAAUAUUUACAAUGUGGUUCCCAGGAAUUUGCAUUCCUUGCCUUCAGAGUUUCUACAUUUGAUGGACAAGAACUCUCUUUAUCAGAUCUAACUCCUCCAGCUGUCAGUCUGCGCUGGUUCCACGCUGCGAGGAAAGUCUCUGCUCAGCGCGCUUCAAACACAUUUUCUUGACACCCAAAUGUUGUGUAUCAACUGUCAUGCCAUGCGCUCUCAAAGAGUUAUGACGACGGCUGCUUCUUUAACUCAGGAAAGGGGCUUCUCUGCUGUUUGCCAGUGAGCAAACCACAUGACACGAUGAGGACCAGCCCAGAAAAUCUGCCCCUCAAGGAAGCUGCCGGCAGGAUAUGAGUAUUUUAAGCCCUGUGACAGAUAACAAGUCUAACCUUGUGGGAAUAGUGGGAGGCCCAGAAGAAUACACUAGAGCUAUGCAGUCAGAGGAGCUAUUCAGCAGGAAACUCAAAGCCUUGAAUGGAAGUAUGGGGCCACCAGCCUCCAGCAUGCAGGUGAAACCUGACGGUGUAGGCAAAACUAACGGUACUCCUGCCAUGCCUAAAAUGGGCGUCAGGGCCAGGGUGACGGAGUGGCCGCCGAGAAAAGACGGAUGGGAUGGACGGCCUUCUCCAAACUACCAGAGUGUGAUCUCCGUUUUUCAGAAUGGACAGCAGGAACAUACUGUGGAAUUACUGGAGCAAGGGGAAGAAGUUUGUGUGGAUAUAGAUUACAAUGACAAAUACACACUGAGUGACCUCCUCAGCAACUCCCCACUGAAGGGCCUUCACCCCAUUCGCCAACGCAGCAAUAGCGAUGUCACUAUAAGUGACAUUGAUUCUGAGGACAUCAUGGACCAGAACGCUGUCAACCCGAACACUGGAGCUUCACUGCAUCGUGAAUAUGGCAGCACGUCUUCUAUAGACCGCCAGGGUCUUGGUGGAGAAGGCUUCUUUACGAUGCUUAGAGGGUACAGAGUGGAUAACCUGGACCAUCGUAGCAUACCGCCUCUGGGUUUUCCGGAGUUGUUGCGCUGUGAUGCUUCCCUGUCCCCGAGCUUGCAGACAGCAGCACAAAUUGCCAGGGGAGAGAUCAUCCACAUUCCAGGCUAUGAUUACAUAGACAGUUCUCUCCUGUACAGCCGUGAGCGGGAGAAGUCCUUCAUUCGGCGACUCAAAUCGGAGUCAGCUGAGCCAUCUCUUUUUAGAAAAUUACGGACAAUAAAAAGUGAGAGCGAUGCCUUGAGACUCUCUUUAGAGGACGACCGUCGGCCUCUAAGUUUCCAAAAAUGCUUUGCCCACUAUGACGUCCAGAGCGUCCUUUUUAACAUCAGUGAAGCCGUGGCGAACAGAUUCAACCUGAGCCAGAGGAAGAACACCACCACUGGAGCCUCGGCCGCCUCCGCUGGCGUGGGGGCAGAGCCCGGCAUGGUGUUAGGAGGUGGGAUUGGACCUGGAGCUGGGGCAGAUGGUGGAGCACUGGGAUGUAGCGGUGGAAAUCCCAUGUUUGAGUCUCCGCUUGGCAGCAGAGAGGAUUUAAACCCCAAAGAGAACCUGGAUGUGGAUGAGGGAGAUGGAAAGAGUAAUAGCUUAGUACUGGGCUGCCCGCACUUUCGCAAUGAGAUUGGUGGCGAGGGAGAAAGGAAGAUCUCCCUCUCCAGAGCCAACAGCGCCAACUACAGUGGGAUAUCGGAGAGCUGCUCUUUUGAGUCUUCUCUAAGUUCCCACUGUACCAAUGCUGGAGUCUCUGUUCUGGAGGUACCCAGAGAGAACCAGCCAAUCCACAGGGAGAAGGUCAAACGCUACAUCAUUGAGCACAUUGAUCUUGGGGCUUACUACUACAGGAAAUACUUCUACGGGAGAGAACAUCAGAACUAUUUUGGCGUCGAUGACAAUCUUGGACCCGUAGCCGUGAGCGUCCGUCGGGAGAGGCUGGAUGAUGGAAAGGAGAAAGACGGGAUGCAGUACAACUACCGGGUCUGCUUCAGAACCAGCCAGCUCACCACCCUGCGAGGAGCCAUCCUCGAGGAUGCCAUCGCAUCAACAGCCAGACACGGAACGGCCCGCGGCCUUCCGCUCAAGGAAGUGCUGGAGUAUGUCAUCCCUGAGCUGAACAUCCCAUGUCUGAGGCUGGCCCUCAACUCUCCCAAAGUCCCAGAGCAGCUCCUCAAACUGGAUGAGCAGGGGCUCAGCUUCCAGCACAAGGUGGGGGUGCUUUACUGCAAAGCGGGGCAGAGCACGGAGGAGGAGAUGUACAACAACGAGAGUGCGGGACCGGCACUCGAAGAGUUCUUGGAUCUGCUCGGUCAGAGAGUGCGACUCAAAGGCUUCACUAAAUACAGAGCCCAGCUGGAUAAUAAGACGGACUCCACAGGCACACACUCUCUUUACACCACCUACAAAGACUACGAGCUGAUGUUUCACGUGUCCACCAUGCUCCCCUACACACCCAACAACCGGCAGCAGCUGUUAAGGAAGAGGCACAUCGGCAACGACAUUGUCACCAUAGUGUUUCAGGAGCCUGGGGCCCUUCCUUUCACUCCAAAAAAUAUCCGCUCUCAUUUCCAGCACGUCUUCGUCAUCGUCAAGGUCCACAACCCCUGCACUGACGGCGUCUGCUACAGCGUCGCUGUUUCCAGAUCCAAAAAUGUUCCUCCGUUCGGCCCUCCCAUUCCCAAGUCUGUCACUUUCCCAAAGUCAGCCGUUUUCAGGGACUUCCUGCUCGCCAAAGUCAUCAACGGCGAGAACGCUGCUCACAAGUCCGAGAAGUUCCGAGUCAUGGCGACUCGCACGCGGCAGGAGUACCUGAAGGAUCUGGCUGAAAACUUUGUCAGCACGGCCACCAUAGAUUCAGCCGUGAAGUUCAGCUUCAUCACGCUGGGAGCCAAGAAGAAGGAGAAAGUGAAACCCAGGAAGGAUGCGCACAUGUUCAGUGUGGGCGCCAUCACCUGGAGCGUCUGCGCGCGGGACUUUGGUCAGUCCAUGGAUGCUGACUGUUUGCUCGGAAUCUCUAAUGAGUUCAUAGUGCUCAUUGAAGAAGAGUCCAAAAAUGUGAUUUUUAACUGCUCCUGCCGUGACGUCAUCGGGUGGACCUCAGGGAUUAUGAGCAUUAAGAUCUUCUACGAGCGCGGGGAGUGUGUCAUGCUGUCCGCCCAUGACAACUGCGGGGAAGACAUUCGGGAGAUGGUCCAAAGACUGGAGAUCACCACCAGAGGCUGUGAGACGUCAGAGAUGACUCUGCGGCGGAACAGCCUGGGCCAGCUCGGUUUCCACGUCAACUUUGAAGGCAUCGUGGCAGAUGUGGAGCCCUUUGGCUUUGCUUGGAAGGCAGGCCUGAGACAGGGGAGCCGGCUGGUGGAGAUCUGCAAGGUGGCUGUGGCCACGCUCACGCACGAGCAGAUGAUUGACCUGCUGCGCACGUCUGUCACUGUCAAAGUGGUCAUCAUCCAGCCCUACGAAGACGGAACUCCAAGGAGGGGCUGCUCGGAGCUUUACCGGAUACCUAUGGUGGAGUACAAGGUGGACAGCGAGGGGACGCCCUGCGAGUACAAGACGCCUUUCAGGAGAAAUACCACCUGGCACCGAGUGCCCGCAACCGCUGGGGCCCCGUUAUCCCGAGGCUCCCCCACUCAGGGCCCCGACCGCCUGCAGUGCCAGCAGAUCCUGCAGCAGCACCAGGCAGCCAUCCCACGGAGCACCUCCUUCGAUAGAAAGCUGCCGGACGGCCCCAGGACGAUGCAGGACAUGGAGAAUCCUCAGCUGUCCUCAUGCAAUAAGGGAGACCAGCACUACCGCAGCUCCCCCAGCAACCAGUCCUCCUCCAGUGACCCUGGGCCCUGUGGCAGCGGCACCUGGUCCCAGCAGCCUGUAUAUGAUGGAUGUCCCUCCCCGGUCCUCCAUGAGCGAGGGGCAGACAUGCAGGGAGCAGAUGGAGAGCUCCGCCGCGACAGAGAGCCCACUCUGGAGAGGACCAGAUCUGCAGAGGCCAAAUGGCACAUCCCCUCCACCAAGAUCCUGAACCCUGUGAAGCAAAGAGAAGGAGGGAAGGACUCCCCAAACAAGCUGUCUAGGACUGGAGAUAAAAACUCCAGCCACUCCAGCAGCAACACCCUUUCGAGCAACGCCUCCAGCAACAGCGACGAUAAGCACUUUGGCUCUGGAGAUUUGAUGGACCCAGAGAUGCUGGGCCUCACCUACAUCAAAGGGGCCUCCACAGACAGCGGCAUAGACACCAACCCCUGCGUGCCCCCCGGGGCCCGGGUGCUCCAGGGCAGGGUGGGGGAGCAGGGACACCCCUGGGUGUCGGAGCACCACGAGGACGGCACAUCAGAGGAGGACAGCGGGAAGAUUUACCUGCAGCAGAGCUUCGCUUCAGCCAUCCUGUCCAGUCAUGUGACGGAGGGCAGCAUCGGAGACCUGAGCGAGAUCUCGUCUCAUUCCAGUGGCUCACACCACUCUGGCAGCCCCCUGGCCCGCGGUGCCAGGUACUGCGUGUCCGCCGACUCUUCCAAGGUGUACACCAUCCCCCAGACCAGCAGCGCAGGGCCGGAGCCGGGGCCAGGACCCAGCUCAGAGGCCUGCGGACAAACACGCACACAGUCCAGUUGUAAAAAUCCAGCGGGCAUGAAGACGACUGGUGAUGGUGCUGAUGAGGAUGAUGAUGAUGCCCACAGCACUGAGGGACCCCCCAACAUUUCAGAGUGUGGAGGAGCGGAGAGCUUGUUAGCUUUCCUUCUCCAAAUGCUGUCUGAGCGUUCCAGGCAGCUGUACGCACAAGAAGCAGCCUGUCAGGCUGCAGAACGGGAAGGAAAAUCGCUGCAGCGUCUCUCAAAGGAGGAAUACUGUAAGAUGAUGCUGCCCGACGGCCCGUCAGCAGAGGACAGGAGCCGAAAGGUGUCCGGCGUGGGCAGUCUAUCCCCGAGGCGCUCCUUGUACCGGACGCUGUCGGACGAGAGCGUGUGCAGCAACCGCAAAGCCUCAUCGUACGGCAGCUCGCGCAGCUCUAUGCUGGAUCAAGCCAUGCCCAACGACAUCCUGUUCAGCACAACACCGCCGUACCACAGCACGUUGCCUCCACGCAUGAUCCACAACCAGGGAGCCUCCAACCUGCGGAAUCAGCGCGUGGCUUCUUUCUGCACGAUGACGGACAUGCAACGCGCUGAGGCUCUGCAGAUAUCCAGAGAGCUGACCAGGAGGGUGGUGGAGGCUGAGGGAGCAGCGCUGGAAGCAGACAGCUCCCCAUCCACCCUGACAGGCAAAGUCAACCAGCUGGAGGUUAUCCUCAGGCAGCUGCAGAACGACCUCAGAAAGGAGAAAGAGGACAAAGCAAUGUUACAGGAGGAGGUGCAGCACCUCCGACAGGACAACAUGCGGCUGCAGGAGGAGAGCCAGACGGCGGCGGCUCAGCUCAGGAAGUUCACAGAGUGGUUCUUUCACACCAUUGACAAGAAACCCUGAGGCACAGACUCAGGUGCUUGGAGGGGAGCACCCGUCCCUUAUCAAAACCUUUAGAUGAUCAACAAAUAAAUCACCGUCAUCUACAGUCAUCAAGCUCCUAGACCAUCCCUUUGCUUUUGAGACUGCUGGAAAAGCCGGAUUUUUGGGAUCCUCCUCUGUUUGAAAUGCAUGGCUGUUUCUGGCACACGCUCUUCAUCCUGGUAAACAAGCAGCUUGGGAAACCUCACCAUCUUCAACGCUGGGGGCAAUUAUGAAAGGAGUCCCUCAGGGGCCCCUGCUGAGCCCCUGGAAUCUUUUUACAGGAGUGGAAUGUAAAGCUCAUUUACUGUAGUCAACAUUUAAUCUACCUACGUCAGUCACGUCUACUGUACUGUAUUCUUAGCUGUACUGUUUAAUUCUACGCACACUGUCACGCCGCUGUUUCUGUGCCGACUUUCACAGACAAAGCAGAGAGGGGGAGGAAAAGGGAGGAGGUGUGGAAUGUACUGGACAUAAAGAAGGAGAACUUACUGUCUGCGUACACCAGGAGUCCACAGGUGGCGCUCUUAGAACAUACGAUGGGAGGGAUGAAUGUAGCCGGACUGAGACCCUGUUGAUUUCUGGUUCCCAAAGUCACAAACGUUUUGAGCUUCGACAUCAUUUGUUUUUUAAAAAAAGAACUCACUUCCACCUGCGUUUUCUUUCCUCUGUGUUGUAAUGUAGGGUCUCAUGGCGGUUGUUUUGAUGUUCAACGGUGCUUUUCCCGACACACCUUCGUCAGUAGUUUUCAUUCACUGUCACCAUGUCUUAGCAAUAACAAAGUGGUAGUUGCAAAACUGUGUUUAAGAAAAAAAAGAAGUUAGCACAAAAACGUGAAACCUUUUCUUUUGAGAAGCAGUGGUAUUGAAUAUGUAUUUAUAAAGCUGGAGGAGACUGUGCCUAAAACUGGUUGUAAAAGGAUUGUUUCUUUGUUCUCUUUUGAUAAACACAUGCCUUGUCUGUGGCUCACUGAUCUAAAAUCAUGUGUGAAUGCGUCUGCGUGUGUGUAGUUUAUUACAGCAAAAUGAGUUCUUAUGCAGUGGUUUCUAGAGCAUUAGUGCAAGCGCCAGUGAACCACACUUACAAUGCCAAAUGUGUUUAUUUGUGUACAUAACUGCCACAGAAGUGUCUUGUAUUUAACUCUAUUAUUUAAGCUUAUUUAACCUAAAGUUGUUUAUUUUAUUAAGGGUAUUUGUUUUCUGCACUAAGGACAAAUAAAGCUCUGUGUAUGUUGUAAAGUGUGUAGCUUGCCAGGGCAAAAAAAUACAAAAAAAAUCGACUACAACAAAAUGAAAAAACAAGACAAAACUAUAUAUUUGAAUAUAUAAAUAAUGGUUUUGGAGAUUCCAACUUUUGGAUGCUGCUAGAUUAACAGUUUGCUGGUUUGUAUGCUUUUAAAAAUGUCUCUCUCCAUUAACUGUUUCAUCCCAGGUGGGGUGUUUGUUGUUUUUCUUUUUGUUUUUUUAAAUAAAUGUAGUUGUACAAAUUUGA